AUAUAGAUAAAGAAGAUUUUUUUUGUGAGUCAGUGAAACAACAACAGAUUUAAAUGGAGACGCAGUUGUUAUCAGACAUUGACGAAAAGUCCAAGGAAGUUGUAUCAGAAAUAGCCAAAAAAGAUAAAAAAACAACUACAAAUAAAGAAAAAGCUGUCGAUUUCUGUGUACCUAAAUUAUCACCGCGAGACAGUAUCCAUCCCAGUUAUUCAAAUUUGCAAUUACCAUAUCGUAUUGUUUGUCGUCACAGAUUGCACGCCAGUAAAAAUCAUAUGAAAAAAGAAAUUCAUAGGGAAUUAAGACAUAUUGAAUUGGACCAAAGCAAAGCUUUGGAUGGUGUCCGAAUUCACAGGAUUUUCUCAGACAAUGAAAUUCAAGUGAACAAGGAGGAAAUUUUAGAACUUACGAGUAAACAAAAGAGACGUUUAGAGGAACUUUUGGCUGCACCUUAACGGUUUUCUUGAAACCUAUCCUAAUAUUAUUUAAGUUUGUCUAUUUUUUAUAUAUUUUUUUAAUUAUUAUACAAAUAUAUUAGAUAUUAUUUUUUUAUUUUUUCUUCUAUGAUAAAAAAAUUAUAUUUGGACUUUUCUUUAAUUUAUUUGAAAAGAAAAACGAUAUUUUUUAAAGGGAGCGUCGUUAUAAAUAUUUUUUUUAUAACUUGAAUCUUUCUUUUAUCCUCUAUUUCAAACCAA